CUGUUGGUGCCCUAGAGGAUACAUUUUGUGCAGCGAAGAAGACGUUUUAGAUGUACAAGGCAAACUGAACGAAAUUAAAAAUAAGCAUGAAAGAAGUCUAGUAACCCCAUUAUGGAUGAAGAGACUAUGUGACAAUUCAAAUGAUGUAGGUUUUAAAAGUAUGUCUGUUGUUAUAGAUUACGAAUUAGCAGUAUUAUGUAAAGACGGAAGUAAUAAAGAUUAUGCUGAUUUUGAAAUUAUUGGGGCGUCUGGAUAUAUUACAGGAGAAGAAAUGAUUGAGGAACAAAAAAGAAACCCUUGGUAUGUUCCACGUAAAUGUACUGUCAAUAAUUUUUACUUAUGUAGAAAAGUAGAAAAUGAUAAUGUCAAUUGUUCAUAUACUCCUUGGUCAGAUUGGAGUGCCUGUAAAAAUAAUACACAAAAAAGAUAUAGAAAAGUACGCCGAUCAAAUCAAAAUAAUGAAAAUUUUUGUUUGUGGAAUGACAAAAUUGUUCCCAGAAAUAUAAUGGAACAAACGCGUUCAUGUUAA